AUGACCCACUCGACCAACCUAACCACCCGCUCCCCCCCUCAAAUUCCCACCCACGAGCGCCGCGGCAUUGCCUACAACAACGCCAAACUACUCUCCCUCUUCGCCCAACCCGGCUCACACAUCACCUGGCGCUAUAACUGGGACUCGUCGACCGCUUCAUCCCCAACGACAUUCGACUUCACGCCCAUGCUGCACUCUGUGCGGUCCGACCACACAAAAGUCUGGAAGACCAACGCCGAAGCCGUCGUACAGAAGAACUGGGAGCAGGGACGAGCAACGUGGGUCUUGGGGUUUAAUGAGCCGGAUAAUUGCAUACCCAACACGGGCGGUUCCUGCAUCGACGUCGCAACUGCCGUCGCAGCGUGGAAACAGUACCUGCAGCCGCUUGCAGCGUCCAGUCGCAAUGUCUAUCUCGGAUCUCCAGCUGUUACAAAUGCGAGAGCGACGGAUACCGCGGGGUUGGGGUGGUUGGCGCGGUUUCUGCACGACUGUGCUGGGUGCAGUGUUGAUUUUGUCAAUAUUCACUGGUACGGCGUCGCCAACGUGCAGUCCUUCAAAGCCCAUAUCGAUGCGACAAGAAAGGUAGCGCAGGGCCGGCCGAUUUGGAUUACAGAGUUCAAGCCCGAGGGGACGGUGGAACAGAUUCGCCGGUUUCUAGAGGAGGUGAUGCCUUGGAUGGAUGAGAGUCCGGAUGUGCAUCGGUAUGCGUAUUUCAUGGCUACGCCGGGCGAGGGAUUCUUAGUUGAUGGAAAUGGUGGAGCGUUGAGUGAGAUUGGGAGGACGUUUGCUUUCUUCCAUCGGCACUGA